UUUAUGAAUUCUCUUUAAUCGAGUUCUGUACAGGCGAGACAUUUUUAAAGUCGAUUCUAGUCAAUGUGCAACUUCGUAGAACAUUAGUCAUUGUAAGACUUGGAGAACAUAAACACUUGUUUUAACUUUAAUCCAGAUCGUGUACUGGCUUGACAAUCCUGCAAUUUAUAGAAUUGUUCCUAUAUUAAGUUUCAUAAGCCUUUUAAAUAUUUUUGCUGGUCGAAUUCAUGGAAAGACUCUAGAUCUGAGUCAAUGUAGCCGUAGGAAGUGUUGCAGUUUUUACUGAAUUGUAUGUGAUUUUAUGCUACUAUUUACAAUUUUAAUUUUACAUAUGACUCCAUAAGACCUUUUUCUCGUGGUUUGUUUGUAGGAAAGCAUAGAAAGCAUCCUGGUGGCCGUGGAAAUGCAGGAGGACAGCAUCAUCACAGGAUUAAUUUUGACAAAUAGUGAGUUCAUUUCUCAUUGGAGGCUAGCCCUGUUUGAUUUCACCCUGAUUCUUUGGAAGUCAAAAAGUCUCUGACAGUGGCACCUUUGGGCCAAUAAAAAUUAAUUUCAUUCUUUGAAAUGACAUAGAGUACAGAAUAAAUCAGAUUUAUUGUCCAGUUUACCAAAUGUCUUCAUUUUGUUUGUUAUUUUUUGAUAACAAUUUGCUGAUGUAUUUGAAAACUGAGAUUCAUCUCGUAAUUGAUAAGUGACUUUAAGAAGCCCAAUUACAUUGGGCAAUUUUUCUUGUAACUUUUAUGGCAAUUGUGUUUGACAGUUGACAUAGCCUGAAAAAAACGUUUGGAGUUUUGAAACACAACUCUCAACACUGUUGGAAGUGGUGAAAAUAUUGGAAGCUUGUAGAAUGAAAAUUGAAAGUGUUUACAUGGGUCUUGUUCCCUCCCAUUGUUAUUAUUCUACUACUUGAAAAUAAUUUUGUUAUACCAGUAAUUGUAGUGGAGGCCUAUCUCAACACUUCCAACAUUUGUAAUUAGUAGAGGCAUGUUGAAUGCAUAUUUAAACCAACUUGCACCAACCAGCAUCUGACAAGUUCAAACUAAAACAUAAAUGUGAAAGGCAUGGAUGGUUUAUUUGACAUGGACUAAACAGGUUUAAUUAUUCACUGUACAGCCAUCCAGGAUACUUUGGUAAAGUGGGUAUGCGUUACUUCCACAAGACAAUGAACAAAUAUCACAAACCAACUGUGAAUUUGGAUAAACUGUGGUCCCUUGUCAGUGAGCAAACCAGAAUGUAUUACAAGGACAAGACUGAUGGACCAGCACCAGUUAUUGAUGUUGUCAGAGCUGUAAGUAUCAUAAGAUGUCAAUAUUUCAUUGAAACCCAUCAACUUACAAUAGUUGAUUAUCAAUUCUUCCUUCCAUUAUUAUUAGUUAAGGAGAAUUUAGUUUACAUCCAGAUAUCACCCCACCUAGCUAAUGAGUCUGCGUACUCUGAUAUGAUUUCUGGAAAUGGUUCUGUUGAAUAGAUGAUCAUGUUGAUCAUCUCAAAGUGGUAAAGUGUUUAAAAUGUACAAAGUGGUCCUUUGAAUAUUUGGCUGCACAUAAUGCCAAUGUAAGAGGUGAACUUAAUUUCAUAGCAGACUAUUUUAUGUAUGAUUUCUCAAAAUUUUUUCAACUUAAAAAUGUUUUUAGUCAAUCUGUAGGAAAUAUAUAUGUAUUUUUUUUUCAAGUGUGGUAAAUUUGACCAUUAUUUUCUAUAUCCACAUCCCAUAUUUCUCCAUCUGCAUUAUGAACAAGUGGACUAAGGUUGGAAGGAAAAAGAGAGAAAAAUUUAAUUUUCUGUUAUAUAACACCUUAAACAUAACACAGAAUUUUGUUGUUGAUUUCUGUUAGGGUUACUACAAGGUUCUUGGCAAGGGUCUUCUUCCCAAACAGCCAGUGAUUGUUAAAGCAAAGUUUUUCAGUCGCAGAGCUGAAGAAAAGAUCAAGGAAGUUGGAGGCGCUUGCGUCUUAGUGGCGUAAAAAUUCAUGCAACUGUACAAAAUAAUAAAAGUUUUCUGGUUGGAGUCUCUGUUUCCAGUUACUUUUAAUUCAGAUCAAACCUCCCCUAAAUUCUCUGUUCUCUGUUGCAUUGUUCUUUGACCCAAACAAAAACUGUUUUUACAAUAGCUAAUAGAAUGCUAUGUCAUCCAAGAGGAGUAUGAACUUACAAUUUGUCGAAACUGGACCAUAGCAAUUGAAAUUUUCAAUCAUCACAAGUUUUGACAAGACUGUGAAGAGUGAAUUUUGCGAUUGAAAAUCUGCAGUCCUGAUAUAGUUUUUUGCAGGCAAUCCCUUACCCUUAAAGGGAAUCCAUUUUCCCAGGGGGGGAUGGAGGGGGACUUGCUACAGUUUGAGUGUUAAAGGGAAAUAAUAGUAACCAAUAAUAGUUAAAUGAAAUAAUAGACAAGAAAAAAACAGAAGAAAAAGAACGUUCCUUCAGAGUUGGCCAUUGAACAACUAAAGACUGUUGAAGAUUUAGAUAUAAUUAGGAUUAAAAACAUGUAAGCUAAGUCUUUGUUCAGUUGUCAUUGUAUUCCUGGUCCUUGAGUGUUAGCUUCUCUGUCCUACUUGACUUCUGAACAUGGGGUUUCUACAGUCAAGGGCUUAACAU